AUGCUAAAAGGCUCGUAUUGUUGUUGUCGAUUUUGUUGCUUUGCCGACGUGAAAACGCGCCACGCUACCGGUACCAUGACCACACAUGGCCAAGUCUGUCUCGGUUCUAACUGUGGGCCCGGUUCUGCGGGGCCCAGUCAGGUGAGGCCAAACCGGCUCGGACAGCGUCAAACGGGCUCUUUUGAAAGGCGUUCUCUCCAAAUCUCCCAACAAACGAGAGGGCGGUCCGACGCAAAUGAGGCGAUUGGACGAAGUUGGCACAGUCCGCCGAUAGGACGCCCGGCCUGUAGGCAGCCACCGAGCCCACUCAGGCCGGAUUCUGGGCCCACACGGUCGGAAUAG